AAAAAGGAAAAAGAAAUGGCUUUCCACACUCGCUCUAACAGCUUCCCUUCUAGGCCACACCCGAUCGUUCAAGAAGUUGAUGAACAUUUGUGUAGAUUGAGGUCUUCUGAGGUCACCCCCACAUCAUCAUCAAUCAGCCACAAACUAACUGGCCUUCAAGAAUUGCAUAGUUGUGUUGAUAGGUUGCUUCAGUUGCCCCUCACUCAACAAGCCUUGGCCCAAGAGCAGAAUGAGAAAUCAACUAAUGAGCUAUUAGAUGGCUCUCUGAGGAUCUUGGAUGGUUGCAGCAGAGCCAAGGAUGCUCUGUUGCAAACCAAGGAAUGCGUGCAGGACCUUCAAUCAAUCAUGCGAAGAAGGCGGGGAAGUGAAUCCAGAGCACUCACAACUGAGGUCAGGAAAUACUUGACCUCUAGGAAGAUGGUGAAGAAGGCAAUCCACAAGGCUAUGGGAAAUCUCAAGGGAUCCAGUUUCUCAUCCCUUAACAAGGACAAUGAGACUAUUGCCGUUGUUAGAACGUUGAGAGAUGUCGAGGCAGUCACUCUCUCAGUGUUCGAAUCACUCCUGUCCUUCAUCUCUGGCCCAAAGUCAAAGCCAAGCAGCAGUUGGUCAUUGGUUUCCAAGAUUAUUCACACCAAAAGAGUAGCUUUUGAGGAAGAAACGGAAGCAAAUCAAUUUGCACGAGUGGAUGCUGCUCUGCAAUCAUUCAUUAAGACAAGCAAAUCUGACCACAAAAAAGUAGACAACCAGCUCGACAAUCUGGAGUCAUGCAUUCAAGAUCAGGAAGAACAACUUGAGUGCCUUUUUAGGCAGUUGAUCAAAACAAGAGUCUCCCUCCUCAACAUCUUAAACCACUAGAUCUUAGCUUUUUCGAUUAUGUACAUGAAAAACAUACGUGUAUACAAAUACAUCCUCUGGAUAUCAAAUUGAUUAUACAAAAUGAUUUACUCAUUUGCUUAAUUGUCAACUAUUCUUCUUCUUUCGUCAAAAGCAUUCGUUUUCUGAACAGAUCAUAAAUUCUUGCAACUACUGCAACAAACAUUUUACCAUUUAUGUUCUAUAUAACCACAUAUAAUCUAUGUUUUUGGCAUCAAUCUUGGAAAUUAAUGGAACAAAAAAAAAAAAAUUCCCUAGUCUAAUUACAAGAUGAAAAUUUGAUUUAACUCUAAC